GUCAACAAUUUUAUCUUUGGCUACUGUUUACUCUCGGGUCAGUACAUACUGUAUUUACUCGAAAUCAAAGGUCAUUGUGUCAAGUUUAUCUUAAAAUACAUUUUUGCUAAGAAAUUGACACGCGUUUCUAGUUUCAUGUUUAAAUAUUUGGUUUAUUAAAUCUGGCCACACCAUUUUUCUGAAUAACUAUUAAUAUUUUACAUAAAUUGAAUUAACCUUUUAAGUAAAUCAAUGCAUAAAAACUGAAAUUCAAAACCGAUUGAAGAUAAAUUUCCUCAGUAAAAAUUGAACUUUAAAACAAAGGUUGAAAAGUGGCGUUUCCACAAGUUUGCUGUUGGUUCUGGUUUAUGUUUCAAGCUCAAACAAUUUGUGCUAAUUGAAUUUACUUACAAAACUUCUAUUCGAUUUCGAAAUUUUAAAUUGAUUGAUUUUCUGUUAUUUGUGGAAAUGCUGUACAUAAUUGAUCUUUUUUCUUAUGAAUAGUUUGCAAUGUCUUUAUUCAAAGUGAUUUGAAAUUGAAAAGUAAAUCAUUGUCAUUUUUAUCUGGUUCGAAGCUUUUAUUCAAUCCUGAGUUGAUGGUAUUGGACCAAUAAUCGAUCACUUUCGAUAAUAUCGCUCACUUGCAGAGCAGUUUUGUCUAAACUUGUCCUUUGUCUGUUUUUAAAUCUUAUGUCAGUUUUUCACCUCAAUAUCAAUCGUUCCUUUCUUCAUUCAUACAUUCAUUUAUUCAUCCAUCAUGAGAGAUACAUUUCGCAGUGAUAUCAUAGGAAAAGACCAAUUGGUCCAUCUUGUUGAUCGCAUCUGGCUUAAAGAGCAGACUGGCUAUGUUUUAAGGAUGAGACCUGAAAGUAAAUCUUAUCAGCGUACUAUUGAACACUAUCAUGGAUUCGAUUCGAAUUUAACCGAUGUUGAAAUUAACAAGGCACGGCAUCCAAUAAAACGAAUCGUCAAGAUUAUUAUUCAUUUUUAUGUGAAAAUAAUCGCUAUUAGCAUGCAAACGGUCAUUGAAAAUUUGUAUUCGUUGUCUGAAAGAAAAUUUGCAGAGAAAAAAAGAUUUGAUGAUCAAGAGCCAUUUGAGUAUUUAGAUGUUGAUGGAUUUGAAGAUUACCAUGUUUUAAUGAUGAACUGGAAAAUUGAGACUCCAUUUAUAUUGAAGACGAUUUGCGAGGUUAUGCUGAACAAACCUAGCAGCAAGCCUAUCAAAGACAUACUUAUUAACCUGUAUAAACGGCAACCAGAAACUGAACCAGCAACAUCACUUGAAUUGUCGGAAUUGUGGAUGAAAUUUGUGGAGCACGUACUUGAAUCUUAUGAUGAAAUCGUUCUUGAAAAUGAGCCAAAAGCACAUCAAAAAAGGAAGACAAGUCGCCAAUCUCCUUCGGUGUUUGACGAAUCAUUUUCCAAUCUUGUUUGGACAAAUAUACUAAGCUCGCUUGAAGAGAUUGAAACGUUUACUUUAAAAUUUGCAAUUCGGUGUGGCCUCGUGCUGUUGAACUUGACAAAAAAAAACUGUAGACGAUCAGUUCCACUGCCUGCUUUGAUGCCUUAAUUUCCUAGCUCAUGAUACAGUUUACUUUGACCAACUCUACUCGUACUCACUCACAAUCAAUUGAAUAUUUCAUUUUUUGCACUUUUAUAUUUUAUCAAUUCGAUAAAUAUCAUAACCAGUAUAUUCACGCCAUAUUUCAUUUUGAUAUUAAUAACAUUCAAAGUAUAUCUGAAUUUAUUGUCAUAAAAUAACCAGCUGAGCUUGCCACUUUUAAAUUAUUAGAUUAUUUUAAGCUCAAAUUUUAACGUAAAAACGAUGACCCGGACAAAGAAGGAAAUGAUGAAUAUCCAUCGAAAAGUAAAAAUCAUUGACCAGAGUACCUCAAUUUGAUAAUGCAGUUAUUUGCAAGUUCACCUUAAUACUCUUUUCAUAUGAAUGAAAUCAUCGUGAGAAGUAAUUAUGAAAUGAGAAAAUCUAUUUCUCGAUAAUGAUAAUUGAUAAUUCACAGAAAUUAUUAAAGUUGCCA